CAGCAUCAGUCGUGGUCCAGAGGUUGGCGAGAGAGGACUGCAGACCCCCUCCCCCCCAACUGCCAGUCGACCCGACAAGCUGAACCAUACAGAUAGAUCUAAGAUUUCAACAAGGCAAAAGGAAAACCCGACUUAAAGGUGAGGUGAAUUACUGGGCCACGAAUACGGAUUCCAAUUAAUUAGCGGAAGGGUGUAUAAUUUUGUGACCCACCAUGAAGUGCGUACCGCUUGUGUUCCUGGUGCUGUGGAGCGUGUCGUCUGCUACACCCAGAGGUGUCUCGAACGAGGAUAUUCGAGACGCUAUCCUGUCGUUGAUCCACAUGUUCAGGGACAGUACGGACAAGCUAGAGCGCCACGAGUACAGGGAGAGGGUACUGGGAGAUCACCUGAAGAAGGCUCUCUCCAGCCUGGACAAGCGUCAGAGAACACUGGAGCAGAACACUAAUGUCGUAGCUGCCACACUCACGCGGCUGGACGAGCGUCUCAGAAACUUGGAGGCUAAGGUCAAUCAACAGAGCAACGACAAGGACAAAAAUGUCUACACAGUGGACACGAUGCAAGGGUCGAUACAAACCUGGAUGACCAAUAUGGAAUCCUUGGUGUACAAUAUUUCCAGUAGAAAGGACGGUCCUUCUGGAGGCAACGAGAGGGUGGACGCCAUGGAAGCGGCUCUUAGUGCCCGAGUGGACAACCUCGCCUCGUCAGUGGAGCGACUGGAAGUACACCUUCUGCGGCCAACCUCCACAGCUGUGGCCGCCGUAGAUACCACUGCCAUCAUAAGCCACAUAGACACUCAACUCGCUAGGCUGCAGACCGCCGAGCCGGAGCACGACUGGCACUCCAUGUUCCUCGGUGCCUUGGGCGGACAUGAGCAUGCCCUCACUGAGAUCAAGCAGAUGACCGAGAAUGUGGCUCGUAGCGUGGAUGCCCUGGCAACGAAGGAGGAAGUCACCGGUCUGCUCAACACUACCCACGAGCAAAUCCAGGAGAUAAAGUACGAGCUGGUCGCAAGCACCGACAAGGGUUUCCUUAAGGUGCAGAACAAGCUGGACGACGCCCACAAGUCCAUUACGACAGGUCAAGAGGAACUCCACAAAACCAUGACGGAUGCGAGCGUCUUGGCUGAGGGUUUCUACGGAGACGUCCAGAAAAGCUACGAACAGCUCCUGAAGGAAGUGAAAGGUCUGGCUAAAGUGGAGCAAGUGAUGAUUCAGACAGCAGACAAUGUCCUGGACACGAAGAGAAGGAUCGAAUACGGAGUUCACCAGAUCCUCCUAGAGAUCGGGGAUUUAGUUAAACUCCAGAUGAAGGAUUUGAACAUGACGGUGAAUAAAAGGUUUGAUAAUAUAUCAUUCACUAUAUUGGAUAAUCAAAACGGAGGGUUGACCAAUUUGAGUUCAAAGAUUGAACACGAGAUAAGUCAGGUUUGGAGACAGAUCGGGAUUAUGUACCAGCAGUUGACGGCGUCAGCUGGGGCCUUGGAUCGUCUCCAGCAGCAGACAGACGCUUACGUGAACGGCAGCCUGCAGACCAUGGACAGCAUGGAGGGCAAGGUGGGGCAGAUCACCGGACGUAUGGGGGAGGUAGACGACAACCUCAAUUAUCUGCUAGGGCGGCUUUCGCUGGUCACCCAGGAGUUCAAUCAGAUCAAGAGUGGAUUGGGACAGGCUCUAGACAGCAUCAAAAGCAGCUUCAAGACAGUCCAGGAACAGAUCAAGGAUGUAGGACCCGGACCGAAUCCCAUCCCUUCGGAAGAGACUGACGUUGAUAACCAAGUGUAGUAGUAAUAUUGUGCAGGAAUGUGAAAAAUAUUGUGCUUAAAGAAAGAGAUAAAAUCAAAAGUCACCACGAGUCUUACUCAAAGCGUGACGUGUUAGAGAAUUUGCACCGUUAAAGUAUUUUAUGAUUUCAAAGUUGAAUUAGAAUGGAUUAUUCAAUUUAACCCUAAAGGAUCAACCAAAGAAUGAAAAUUAAGCUCUAAAUUGAUACUUGUAAUUUAAAAACAAAUUAAAUAUAAUGCUCAACAUAGAUGAAACUAUUUAGGUAAUAUUGAUAAUCUAGUGCCGGACAGUGUUUUAUAAAUGGAUUAGUGUACUAUUAUUUUUAUAUUAGACACGUUUUGCAUCAAUGGUAUCUUAUAAGAUAGAACUGCUAACCACUUGUGAUAUUUAAUGGUUAUAAAUAUAACAUAACAAUGUACAAAUGUGUACUUUUAACUCAAAUAAACAAGGGGACUAAAUUUCGUGUGUGAGUAAAUAGUUUUACCGACCUUAGUCUUAAUAAGUGUAAAGAAUUAAACAAAAUACGAAAUUUGUGACAGACUAUAAUUUUAAUACGUAAAUCAAAGUAGAGAACAGCAUUUUUAUCAUAAAUGAUCAAAAAUCCUCCCUCAAAUGUAUUACAGUGCUGGUUAUAUAAUAACACUUAAACAUUAUUUCCACACUUUAUUUCAGGCACAACACCUAUGUCUAUGUUUUAUUAUAUUUCUUAAUACAGGAUGUUUACAAAAAUCCCUUAGGGACUUAUACUAAAACUAAGAAAGUUAUGACGAUUACCACAGCAAAAAUGUUCAUAUCUCUUUUAUUAUUCAACGAAUUUAAAUCUAAGGGAUAUCGUUGUAUUUGCCUUUAUAUUUACAAAAGAGCAUUAUUCUUACCAAAUUGUUGUAAUCCUAACGUAUUUCAAGAUAUUUAAUUUUGAAAAAUUUUAUGUGUCCCCAUUUUAAACGGAAAGUAUAUUUUUGUAUGUCCCUUUCAUUAACUCAAUAUAACUGCAAUAUUUGUUAUUAUUCCCACGAACAGUUUUUUAUGUGAUUUUAUAAAUAAAAAACACAUACCCAUAGACAGACAAUAUGUGUUUUAGGAUAUACACCCAUUGAAACUUGUUUCAUAAUUUUUGUGUAUGUAAUUAUAUUACUAAGUCCUGAAGGAGUUUUUAUAAACAACCUGUAUAUCUGUACUAUUUUUUAAUUAUCUAACAUUGAAUUUUUAAUCUUAACAUGUGCAAUCCAGUAAUUCUAUUUUGUAAAUACAUUUUAAUAAUUAGGAUUGGUUAAAUGCUCUCGUUAACCAACAAAUUUCUGUAAUGAAUUGAGAUGUUUAAGUUUAGUGGUAAGUUUUAACAUGUAUUUUAAUUUGGGAAACAAUUAAACUUUUAUUGAGGUCAACAUCAAAAAUACUUAUUUUACUAUUGACUUACUUAAUUUAAUAACGUGUAACAGUUUUGUUAAUAUAAAUAAAAAUAUCUAGUUUUAUAUCGUAUAUUAAUGCAUAUAAAAUAAAAUUUAUAUAUUUUGGAAAAUCCCGAAUAUUGCUUAACCAAUGUUGAAUAUGCAUAUCCUAACGUGUGAAUUACUCGUAGAUUAUAUAUAUAUGGUAUUGUUUAGAAAUUAAUGUGUUUUGUAUAGUUUUAUGUUACACAUGUAGAGAUACUGUAUCAAAUCAAAUUUCAAAUAGAUUAUAAUAUAAUACUAAACAAUGUAAAUAUGAUUUACUAAAUUUAAUUAUGUAUACUCAAUUAUUGAUUUUCUAUAAAGAUUUUAAAUAUAAGACAUAAGAGACUGUCUCUAACGAAGAAAAGAAACACAGCUUUGAAAUCCAAUAAUGUUGACUGAUAACUUUAAUCUUACUUUCUCUGUCACUUUUUUGUACUUACAUGAGGAAUACUUUAUUUCGCUGUAGCUCUGAGAACGUAUUAAUUUCCUUGGUAUCUUAGGCUAUGUGUGUUCACUUGUGAGAAACAAUAAGAGAAGAUUUUAAUUAAGUCUUUAUUACAGGCACAACGUUUGUCGUACAUUAGUUCAGUUUGUAGAGUGUAUUUUUUGGUAAUAAAACUUUUUAUAGCA